UUGUUACACGUCAAAAGAUUGUAAAAUGAACGAACAAUGCCAUAGACGUUUCCACACGUGUUACACAAGGCCAGGAAUGGCGACCGUCCGAAGAGAAGCAGGGAAUUCCCGAAGAUGCGAAACGACAAGCGAGUGCGGAGCGAAUUUUUAUUGCCAUGUUCACUUUCGUAUUUGUCUUGAAAACACACCAACUGCAAAUAAAUCACCGUCGAAAACCAGGAAACAAAAACGAUGUAGUUCGGAAACUCUUUGCCCAAAAGGCAUGCUUUGCCAUCAUUUCUGGAGUAUAUGCUAUAUUCCCGCCCGGGUAAUGACGUUGCCUAAGAAAAAUAAAACGCAGCAAUGUCAAAUUGAUAGUGAUUGUGGACCAAACGAGUUUUGUCAUGUCAUGGUAACACCAGCAGGUCACGUGGUAGCAAGGCAAAGACGAAGUACGCAAAGGAUAUGUCUUCCUCGAAGAUUUCAAAAGAUAAAGAGGAAUAACAAAGGCAGGGCGUGUAAGACUGCUGCUGAUUGCGGUCCGAACAGAUGCUGUUUGAAGAAAUUAGGUGUCUGCAUGGCAUACAAACUGCCUGGGGAAAUGUGUCUCAUUGAAAAGGCUGAUUUCGCGUGCCCUUGUGCUAGUGGAUCUGUGUGCAAACGAAGGGGAAAUGGGCAUCUCCUAGAAGGAUUAUCAACAAAAUGA